UCGCCCCCAGCGCGACCAACACCGACGAGACGCGACUCGGAAUCAUCACUUCCGCCUUCGUCACCCCCUGCGCCCUUUUCAGAUACGGAUGACAGCUUAGAUGAACGUGACGCAGUAUGCGAUGUCGAUGAGGAUGUUGAAGAGGAAGAAGAAGAUGGAGAGGACCUCUUCGGCGCCAAUCUUCAGGAUGACUACGGGGAGAAUGAGCUUUUGGACCAAUAUUCCGACACUGGACUGGACGACGAGCAAGAAUACGACUUGGACGCCGCCGCACGUCGUGCCGCCGAGGUCCAGAUGGCACGCAGAGACCGCUUAGAGAGAGGCGGGCGACGUGGUCGCAGGGCUGCAGGCAGAAGCCGUAUGCCUGAAUAUUUAUUGGGCAGCGACGGUCUCGCCGAUAGUGAAGACGAUAUCACUGGCGGGCUCCUAUCAGGCAUGAAGAAACGGACACGUCGGCAGUAUGACGAGCGUAGAGACCAGGAUGAUAUGGACGGUAUCGAAGACGAGAUUCCUUUGGAGCAACUAGGAGACAUCAAGGCGAAGUCCAUCAUCGAAUGGAUCGCAAAUGAGCGUGUUCGCCGGUCCAUAGUGAAACACUUCCGUCACUUCUUGAUGACGUACGUCGACGAACACGGAGCGUCCGUAUACGGUCAACGCAUACGAAACCUUGGAGAGAACAACUCCGAGUCUCUUGAGGUCUCAUACCUCCAUCUUGCCCUCUCAAAGCCCAUUCUCGCGUACUUCCUGACAAACUCCCCCAGCGCCAUGCUAGCGAUUUUCGAUGAAGUCGCAUUAACCGCCAUUCUCGUGUACUAUCCUAACUACGAACGCAUCCAUUCCGAGGUCCACGUGCGGAUUACCGACCUUCCACUGGUUACUUCCUUGCGGGAUCUCCGGAGGGCGGACCUGAACAACCUCGUUCGGGUUACUGGAGUAGUCACGAGGAGGACUGGCGUCUUCCCCCAGCUGAAAUACGUCAAAUUUGACUGCAAGAAAUGUGGUGCCGUGCUGGGGCCGUUCUACCAAGAUUCUACGAGAGAAGUGAAGAUCAGUUAUUGCCCGAAUUGCGAGGGCAAGGGACCAUUCCAAGUGAACUCGGAGCAGACGAUAUACCGAAACUAUCAGAAAAUGACAUUACAGGAAUCACCUGGCUCCGUGCCUGCGGGUCGCCUUCCUCGACACCGUGAGGUCGUUCUGCUCUGGGAUCUUAUUGACACUGCAAAACCUGGAGAGGAGAUUGAAGUUACGGGAAUCUACCGCAACAAUUUCGACGCAUCUCUGAAUUCUAAGAACGGGUUCCCGGUCUUCUCCACGAUCAUCGAGGCGAACCACAUCAACAAGAAGGAAGAUCAGUUCGCCGCCUUCCGUCUCACCGAAGAAGACGAAAAGCAGAUUCGUGCCAUGGCUCGUGACGAACGCAUACGGAAACGUAUCAUCAAGUCUAUCGCUCCCUCCAUCUACGGCCACGAGGACAUCAAGACAGCCCUUGCGUUAUCACUAUUCAGCGGUGUUCCGAAAGAUAUCAACCGGAAACAUCGGAUCCGUGGCGACAUAAAUGUGCUCCUCCUCGGUGACCCUGGUACCGCAAAGUCGCAAUUCCUGAAGUACGUGGAGAAGACCGCGCAUAGGUCCGUCUACGCCACUGGGCAGGGUGCCUCCGCUGUCGGUUUGACUGCGAGCGUACGCAAGGACCCGGUCACGCGCGAGUGGACGCUGGAAGGAGGAGCCCUCGUCCUCGCAGACAAGGGCGUAUGUCUCAUCGAUGAGUUCGACAAGAUGAACGAUGCCGACCGAACAUCGAUCCACGAGGCUAUGGAACAGCAAUCGAUAUCCAUUUCCAAGGCCGGUAUCGUCACUACCCUACAGGCACGGUGCGCUAUCGUCGCUGCAGCCAACCCUAUCAGGGGACGGUAUAAUCCGACGAUACCCUUCCAGCAAAACGUUGAGUUGACUGAACCCAUUCUAUCUCGAUUCGAUGUCUUGUGUGUCGUCAAGGACGCUGUCGAUCCCGUACAGGAUGAGCUGCUUGCGAGAUUCGUCGUCGGCAGUCAUCUCCGGAGUCAUCCCAAGUUCGAGGCGGACAAGGAUGAAAUGGACGUUGGCACGACGCUGGACGCAGAUAUCAUUCCCCAGGAUGUCCUGCGCAAGUAUAUCAUGUACGCCAGGGAGAAGGUCCGCCCGAAAUUGUAUGACCUCGACCAGGAGAAACUGUCUCGCCUGUUCUCUGAUUUGAGGCGCGAGUCGAUGGCCACUGGAUCGUACCCGAUCACUGUCCGUCAUCUAGAGAGUAUGAUUCGUAUGGCGGAGGCUAGUGCAAAGAUGGCUCUCAGAGAGUACGUCCGGGGGGACGAUAUCGACUUAGCCAUCUCAGUGGCCGUCGGUAGUUUCGUGAACGCCCAGAAGAUGUCUAUCAAGAAGACGCUGGAAAGAGGUUUCCGGAAAUACCUCACGCAAGCCAGGGACCAUGAAGAGUUGCUGGCCUUCAUCCUUGGUCAGAUUGUCAAGGAGAAAGCACGUUUCUACCAAUUGCAGCGGUAUCAGCAGCCCGAGCUUGUGACCGUGAAGGUGGCUGAACUGGAUGAACGGGCGAAGGAACAUGACAUAUACGACACGACGCCGUUCUUGCACUCCAAGCUAUUCCGUACGAAUGGGUAUAAGCUCGAGGACGGCGUUAUUGAGAAGAGAUUCAAAAGGGAUGACGAACUCUAGGUCUCAAAUAUAGUCGCAUAUACUAUUUUUGUCUUGUCUCUCCUUGUAUAAAGUAUCACGUUCUUGUACUAAUUGUACUAAUAAUGUCAGUGAAUAGCGAAAGAUAC